AUGGUCGAGCACAUCGGCGUCGAUCCCAAAGAUGCUCCCUUCGCCGCCGGUCUCUUGAUCUCCGCUUACGCUGUAGCUGAGGCCAUCACGUCCAUAGGCUGGGGUGCCUUGUCCGACCGCAUCGGCCGCAAACCCGUCGUUCUGUUUGGCCUGGUCGGCGUCUGUAUCUCGAGUCUGAUUUUCGGCUUGGCACAGACCUACUGGGUUGCCCUCCUCGCCCGCUUCGUCGGUGGUGCUCUCAACGGCAACGUCUCCGUCAUGCAGACCAUGGUCGCCGAGAUGGUCAAGAACCCCGAUCAUGAGCCCAAGGCUUACGCUGUGCAACCCUUCGUGUGGACUUUGGGCGGCAUCCUUGGCUCUGCCAUGGGAGGAUUCCUCGCUCAGCCCGCCGAACAAUACCCGACCGUCUUCUCUCAGGACGGUAUUUUUGGUCGCUAUCCCUAUCUGCUUCCCAACCUUGUGUCCGUCGUCGCAAUCCUCAUGGCCGUCAUCCAAGGCAUUUUCUUUCUCGAAGAGACCAAGGAGGACUGGAACGAAGACGACCACGAGUACCAUCACGGCCGCAACAGCGUCGCCGUUGAUGACGAUGACGUCACGGACGAGACCACACCCCUGCGCCGCGCCCCCAUCCGCUCCUUCAACCCGCGCCGCUCCAUAUCCACUAGCCACUCGAGGCCGCGUUUCGCCGAGUCCAGCUUGCCUCUGCCCUUUGAGCACGAUUUUGACCUGAGACGCUCGUCUUUUGGAACCGUCCACUCCAUCAGGGUUGUGCCCGAGGACUUGCGACAGCACUUGCUCAAUUCCCGUGCCCAGGCGACGGGCCAGAAGAAGGUCAAGACCUUCAACAAGACCGUUGUCAUGCUCAUCAUCGCCCUCAUCAUCUUCUCCUACCAUCAGAUGGCGGCCGCCACCCUCUUGCCGACCUAUCUCCAGGACGCCCGUCAACAGCCCCGGGGACACCUCGAUCUGAAGGGCGGCUUGGGCAACAAGCUCCACGAUGUCGGCAUCUACCUGGCCAUAAACGGUUUUAUAGGCCUUUUCAUCCAGGGUCUGAUUUUCCCCAUCUUUGUCGAGCGUGUCGGUGUCUGGGGCUCCUUCGUCGCCAUGGCCGUCGUAUAUCCCACGGCGUACCUCUUCGUGCCCUUCCUGUCGGCCCUUCCCGAAGCACUGACCGAGGCCGGCAUCUGGUUUUCCCUCAUCCUGCAGAGCUUCUACGGCGUCAUCGUAGGCCCCGUCACGCUCAUCCUCAUCAAGAACGCGACCCCAACCUCGCAAGCCCUCGGAAAGGUCAACGGCCUGGCAAUGUCAGGUGCCUGUCUCGCCAGAACCGUCUCGCCGCCGCUCGUGGGUGUAAUAUACAGUUUCUUAGGCUCUGGCGCAGCCUGGUUCAGCUGCGCUCUGUUCGCCGUUGUCGGGCUCGUGCAGGUCUUCUGGGUUCCCAAGAAACACAUUGACGUCGACCACGUUGAGAUCGACAAUGCCAUCUCCAGACGCUUCUCUGUCACCUCGCAGAGGCGCGAGAGCCACCAGAGCAUCGAGUCAUCCCGUGGCCGACGCUCCAACGGUAUUGUUUAG